AGUGCCCUCACCAAGGGUGUACAGAUUAACGUCCACAGUCCGGAGAAAGGGAUUUUAUCGCCUUUUUUGAAACCUUGUGGUGAAGCUACGCUUUGGAAUCUGAAUCACGCAACGGAAGAAUUGCUCACCUUGGAGGUGCAGUAUCCAGAAAGGAAUUAAUCUAUCAGUGUACAGUACUGUGGCUAACUCAUUCCAUUCUUACAACACCGGCAAAAAUGUACCGACUUAACGUUCUUGGGAUCUAUUUGUGGGAAACUAUAGUCUUCUUCAGCUUGGCAGCGUCAAAGGAAGCAGCAGCCCGAAAAGCAGCCACGCCGAUGCCCCCCUCAGAGUUCCUGGACAAACUCAUGGGGAAAGUGUCAGGUUAUGAUGCAAGAAUCAGACCAAAUUUUAAAGACCCACAAGGCUCCAAAUCGGAAGCUUCACACAAGAAAGGUCCCCCUGUGAACGUAACCUGUAACAUCUUCAUUAACAGUUUUGGUUCCAUCGCUGAAACUACCAUGGACUACAGAGUGAACAUCUUCCUGAGACAGCAGUGGAACGACCCUCGGCUGGCCUACAGCGAGUACCCCGACGACUCCCUGGAUCUGGACCCCUCUAUGUUGGACUCCAUCUGGAAACCCGAUCUGUUCUUUGCCAAUGAAAAGGGAGCCAACUUUCACGGGGUCACCACAGACAACAAGCUGCUGCGGAUCUCGAAAAACGGAAAUGUCCUGUACAGCAUAAGAAUAACACUGGUUCUAGCCUGCCCCAUGGACCUGAAGAAUUUCCCUAUGGACGUGCAGACCUGUAUAAUGCAGCUGGAGAGCUUCGGCUACACUAUGAACGACCUCAUAUUCGAGUGGGAUGAGAAAGGAGCGGUGCAGGUAGCGGACGACCUGACAUUACCUCAGUUUAUACUGAAAGAAGAGAAGGACUUGCGGUACUGCACCAAGCACUACAACACAGGGAAGUUUACCUGCAUCGAAGCCCGUUUCCACCUGGAGAGGCAGAUGGGCUACUACCUGAUCCAGAUGUACAUCCCCAGCCUGCUCAUUGUCAUCCUGUCCUGGGUGUCCUUCUGGAUCAACAUGGACGCUGCACCUGCGCGAGUGGGACUGGGCAUCACCACGGUGCUGACCAUGACCACUCAGAGCUCCGGCUCCAGGGCCUCUCUGCCCAAGGUGUCCUAUGUGAAAGCUAUUGACAUCUGGAUGGCAGUGUGCCUGCUGUUUGUCUUCUCUGCCCUGCUGGAGUAUGCUGCGGUCAACUUCAUCGCCAGGCAACACAAGGAGCUUCUCCGCUUCCGGAGGAGGAGACGACACCUCAAGGAAGACGAGGCUGGGGAGGGCCGGUUCAGCUUUGCGGCCUACGGCAUGGGCCCGGCAUGCCUGCAGGCGAAAGACGGCAUGGCCAUCAAAGGCAACAACAACAACGCUCCUGCCUCCACCAACCCCCCAGAGAAGACCGUGGAGGAGAUGCGCAAGCUCUUUAUUGGUCGCGCCAAGAGGAUCGACACAGUGUCCCGUGUGGCCUUCCCCCUCGUCUUCCUCAUUUUCAAUAUUUUCUACUGGAUCAUCUACAAGAUCAUACGCAGCGAGGAUGUCCAUAAGCAGUAACUCCUGAAGAGUGGAAAACAUGGCCUAUAACCUACUCCC